AUGGUCACCUUCGCCGCUUCCAUCGGCCUUUUCCUCACUGCCGCCUCCUCGGUCGUUGCAGUCCCUAAUACCAUCGAGGCGCGAAAAGUGAGCUGCAUGGACAACUUGUCCGCAGACUCACUCGCCAACGUCAAGGAGGCUGUUGAGUGUAUCAACUACCUCGCUAGUCUUGGCAACCAGCCUUGUGUCGCCAAGAUCACCGGACUUGCACGAAAAGGUCCUUCGGCAACUUCUACUUGCCAAGAUGUUGCUCGUGGUGCUGGAUUCAUUAUGGAUAAGUGCUCUCGUGGUGACGGUAAGGUCCGAGGCCAGAAUGAGGCUUGGGCCAACGGUAACCUUCUCGUUGACAUCCGUAACAACCCUCUGUAA